GAUCAUGUUCUUGCAAUCACAACACGUCACAUGACCAGAGUCACCCUGGUAGUUAUUAAAUGCAGGCGAACACGUUCAACAUCCCCCAGUUCGUCUCUCUAGCUGGAUGACCUGACAGCGAUACUUAUCUGGCAGCAAAACCGUUCGCUCUGAACUGCCAUCGAUUCCGUCUGUUUUAUUUUGUUAGCACAUUUUAGCUAAGUUUGAAUUGUUGUGGAUCUUGUUAGCAAAUUACUUGGGAGAUUUUCUUUUUUGGUAAACAAUUGAAUUUGUAAGAUCAGCCGAUCUUCACACGAAGCAUCUUUCUGCGGUUGAUCAGAAUAUCAGAAGAACCCAAACAAACUCAGGAUGACAACCAACUCUCAGCAGGCGAAGAGUUGCCCAAUCCCUACCCGGGUUCUCACCCUGAAAGACUGGUCUCAGCUCCCAGACUGCUACAGUCAGACUCCCGGGGGUACUCUCUUCUCCACAACGCCCGGGGGAACACGCAUAAUCUAUGACAGGAAGUUCCUCCUGGACUGUCGGAACUCUCCCAUCGCCCGUACCCCCCCCUGCUGCCUGCCGCAGAUCCCUGGGGUGACGGUGCCCGCUCUGCACCCUCUGGGCAAACUACAGGAACUAAAAGAGGAGCUGGAGGAGGAGAAGGACCUGGCAGAUGACAGCCAGUUUGAGAUGGACAUCUGAGCAGUAGCUCUUUGCCUCCUGUGGAGAGAGCUGUUGUAUCUUCUGUUCAGUUCUGAUGUCUGAUUGGUCCUUUACGACCAGCAAGCGUCACAUAUUCACCUUCUUCAACAUCCUUUUUUUUUAAACUUGAUUUUUUUAGGAAACUCCCCAAAAGAGAAAGGAGACGUGUUGAUCCCUGAGUUAGAAAGACAUGAAGCUGUGUAUUAAACGAAUAAUACUUCAAUGGCUUGGAAGAAGCAAUCACUUUGUAACUUUGUUGGACAGUUUUUGAUUUGUACAUAAGUCAACGGUACUAUAAAGGAGGGAAAUGUUCAAGAUUUUACAUGAAAAGUACAGGGACCGCGGGAUUGGUUGUGACGGCAGAGUUGCUGCGUUGUUUUUUUAAACGAUAACUCUAUUUUGGAGGGGCUGCUAGGCCUAUGAGGGGUCCCCCUGUCUGAGCCUGGUCAAAGGUUCGAGGUGACUGUUGGACAGGCUCCUACAUGCGUCUGUCUGUGGAGGAGGAACUGACAUUUUAUCAAAGUUCAAAAUAAAUAAACAAAAAGGACAAAACCUCAA